AUGGCAUCCAACUCCCUCUCCCUUCUUCAGGGGCUCUCGGCUCAUCAGCCGGAAGUGAAAAAUCACUUGUUAGUAAAAGAGGAUACUCUCAAGGUCCUAGGUCUUUCGUGGCACUCGCAGGACGACUCGUUUCAAUUCGUGGUCACACCGCCGAAAACGGUCAAUCCAACGAAGCGCUCAAUUCUCUCUUUCACGGCUAAGUUGUACGACCCGCUCGGUUGGGCGGCUCCGUUCGUUGUAACCUCUAAAAUUCUGUUACAAGAGUUAUGGCUUCUCAAGUACGACUGGGAUACGCCUCUCCCUGACGAGUUACGCGAACGAUGGGAGAGUUACUCCAGGGACUUGCAAUCGUUAAAUCUUGUUCGGAUACCUCGUUGGACCGGUAAACAUUGCGAGAAUCUCGCGUUAGAAAUACACGGGUUCGCGGACGCAUCAAAUCGAGCUUAUGCGGGCGUAAUAUACAUUCGCGUUAUUCACGCGCCGACCAGAUUUCAAAUCAGCUUGUUGGCCGCUAAAACUAAAGUCGCGCCGAUCAAGACCGUGAGCAUCCCGCGAUUAGAAUUGAACGCCGUCGUCUUGCUCAGUCGCCUAAUCAAAUGGACCUUGACCGCCCUGGCUUUGCCCCCGAUUCCCGUCUACGGAUGGACGGAUUCUACCAUCGCCCUUGCGUGGCUUCGUCAACAUCCAUCUAAAUGGAAUACUUAUGUUGCCAACCGCGUGUCGGAAGUGCAAACGACUCUGGCUUCCGCUCGCUGGAAUCACGUCCCUUCAGGCGACAAUCCGGCAGAUUGCGCCUCGCGCGGUUUGUCCGCUUCCGAACUAGUUGUCCACCCGUUAUGGUGGACUGGCCCUCGAUGGCUUCAUCAGCCACCGACUUCCUGGCCAACUCUUGACAUUUCUACUCCGUUCGAUUCUACAACCGAAUUGCAAGUGUCGACGGAGAGGAAAAAAUAUGUGACGCUCCACGUACAAGAGUCCGCUGAGUGGGAACUUCCACGCAAGUUCUCCCGCUGGACGAAGCUCAUCCGAGUAACCGCCUACGUUUACAGAUUCGUACUACGAACAAGAGGAAAAGGUGAUUCUCGCCACGAUCUUCCCGCCUUUCUGAGCGCCGACGAGCUCAGGAAGGCGGAGAUAUUCUGGUUUAACUAUUUACAACGGAAAUUCUUCGAGCGAGAAUUGCGAUCAUUAAAAAAUAAAAGAACUCUGCCACACUCAAGCCCUCUGCGUGGACUGAAUCCUUUCCUGGGAACAGACUGUUUAAUCCGCCUUGGCGGGCGGUUGAAAAACUCAGCGCUCGGUUAUGACGAGCGACACCCGAUUAUCCUUCCGAAACACCACAUAACCAAUCUCCUGAUUGCGCAAGCUCACACCGUCACUCUCCACGGAGGAGUGCAACUGGUACUGCGCACACUGCGUCAGCGGUUUUGGCUUUUAAGCGGCCGCAACUCCGUAAAGGCGCAUCUUCGGAAAUGUGUCAUUUGCGCGCGACACUCCGCUCGAUUGUCUACUCAGUACAUGGGAGACCUCCCCGCGGCUCGAGUCACUCCUUCCGCUCCGUUUACUCACUGCGGAGUGGAUUACGCUGGCCCUCUCCACGUAACUUCCUUCGUAGGUCGAGGACAACGUGCUCGGAAGGUGUAUAUUGCUCUGUUCGUUUGCCUCGCCACUAAAGCGAUCCACCUCGAGAUGGUGGAAGAUUACUCAACGCCCAGUUUUCUAGCCGCCUUUCAUCGAUUUGCCAGUCGGCGAGGAUCACCUCGUCAUCUCUAUAGCGACAACGGCACCAAUUUUCGUGGUGCCGACUCCGAACUUAUGAGACACUUUGCCUCCGUUAUCGGAGAUCCUGAUUUACAGAGCGCGAUCGCCAAUGACGGAGUGGCCUGGCACUUCAUUCCCUCCGCUGCUCCGCACUUCGGCGGUCUUUGGGAGGCCGGGGUCAAGAGCUUCAAGACGCACUUGAAGCGAGCCGUUGGGUCUCAUACUCUAUCGCGGGCUGAACUCGCUACGCUUUGUGCAAGAUCGAAGCUUGCCUAA